UUAUGAGUGUAAACAUAUCAUAAUGUGCUUGCAGGCAGGUAGAUAGGUAGGAAGACAGGUAGGUAGGUCGUUCAAUCAUUUCAUUAGGGCUGAAUUACAUCCCUGCAAAACUGAGAAAACUGAACUCCACAUGCAGAGCACCUCAUCUCAGGCGAUAGGUGAUACCUGGUUGGCAUCAACAACAAAGCCCUGGAGGGUGUGUGUCUGCUUGUGUGAGAUUUUUAGAAAACGAGAGCCCCUAGUGAUGAAGAAACACAUCUACAGUUAUAAAGUUAUAUGGGCAAAUAAGGCGGACAAUAAAAAAACAAAAACAAGAAGGAGCGAUGCCAAAAAGGGAGGAAUAAAAAUGAAAGGUAACAAGGGAGGGGCUCUCAGAAAAAUAUAUAUCAACGACUUUUGCCUCAUGAUCAGUCUACACAUCUGCCAUCCUUGUGAAGCCGUCGUCAUUUACCAGCAUCGACAUGAGAGCUAUUGUGUUGCUGUGUCUGCUGCAUGCAGCUUUUAGUAAGCAACUGUAUACAUGGCCUGGAAAGCAUGACUCCCCAGACUACGCGUGUCUUAAGGAUCAGCCGUCGUGUGGCUGCUGUCUGAUGCAGAAGAAGAUGAUGAGGAUGGAGAGUUUCUUUAACCAAACCUAUGAAGCAAUUACCAAGUAUCUGGCAAAACCAAAGAUGGCCCUCGACGAUAUGAUGACCAACCGCAGUGCCUUCUCUGUCGGUUUAAACCAUACUGAAAUGAUGAGCUGCUUUGGCCCCUUCCCCGUCAUCAAAUACAAUAAUGUCUUCCUUAACCUGGGUGAUGGCUACAAUACAGACACCGGUAUCUUCACCGUUCCCCGCUGUGGGGUCUACAGCCUCGCCGUCACCGUCUACUCCUCAUCUAUAACCUCCUUGAUGGCCUGCGGCAAUCUGCUGGUAAACGGCCAAAUGGUGGCUAGCGUCAUCGAACGCAAGGGCCAGGACGAUGAAGACAGUGCCACUGUUGUUGUGUCUGUGAAACUGAAGACCGGGGACGAGGUGAAGGUCAACCUGCCCGAAGGUUGCGCCAUCUGCGAUGACCACAACAACUUUAACACUUUCACUGGCUUCCUGUUGUACAGUGAUGUCGAAUAUAGAAGAAUGUAGCUGUUGUGGGCUGUGUAACUCUGAGUCUGUUAGAUGAAAUAUUUCCGUGGUGACUGUCUUGAUUUGUAAUCUCUAUCUGAUCUUUUGUACUAUCGCCCAUCCCGACAAUCACUAUGGUUCACUAUUCUUCCUGAGAUCCCAUUCAGUCAAUUAUCUAUAAUAUCUUUUUGAGGGAAUUUUAAUCUUACUUUGGUGUCUUUUUCAUUGUAACAGCUGUUGACCUUUGCUGAAAUGAUGUGAUGUAAAUUGUGAUAGAUAUAAGAAUUAAAAAAAAAAAUUGGUGUACCUGAAACCUACCAGUGAAAUAAACCAGACUUCCAAACAAACUA